CCCAAUCAGGCGAGCAGCCAAAGAGGAGGGGGCGGCAUCCGGGAUCUGGCGGGGCCUUUGCGGCGCUUCAGCCCGAGCUCGGGUUAGAGUUUCUCUGCCCCGUGUUCUCGGCUCCCGGAGGCCGGGGUGAUUCAGCCGCAGCCUCGGCCUCCGUUACUCUGUGACAUGCGGGUCUCGGGUGAUUCGUAGCUAAGACUCCGCGACACCCCGAAGUCCAGAAAUGGAACUCUUAACAUUCAGGGAUGUGGCCAUAGAAUUCUCUCCAGAAGAGUGGAGAUGUCUGGACCCUGCCCAGCAGAAUUUAUAUAGAGAUGUGAUGUUGGAGAACUACAGAAACCUGGUCUCCCUGGGUGUGGCUAUCUCUAACCCAGACCUGGUUACCUGUCUGGAGCAAAGAAAAGAGCCCUGCAAUGUGAAGAUACGUGAGACAGUAGCCAAACCCCCAGCUGUGUGUUCUCAUUUCACCCAAGACCUUUGGCCAGAGCACAGCAUAGAAGAUUCAUUCCACAAACCUAUACUGAAAAGACAUGAGAAAUGUGGACAUGAGAAUUUAAGAAAAAGUUUUAAAAAUGUGAAUGAAUAUAAGGUGCAGAAAGGAGGUUAUGAUGGAAUUAACCAAUGCUUAUCAACUACCCAGAGCAAAAUAAUUCAAUGUAAUACAUGUGUUGAAAUUUUUAAUGCAUUUUCAAAUUCAAACAAACAUAAGAUAAAAUAUACUGGAGAGAAAACCUUUAAAUGUAAGGAAUGUGGCAAAUCAUUUCACAUGUUCUCACACCUAACUCAACACAAAAGAAUUCAUACUGGAGAGAACCCCUACAUAUGUGAAGAAUGUGGCAAAGCCUUUAAUUGGUCCUCAGUUCUUACUAAACAUAAGAGAAUUCAUGCUGGAGAGAAACCCUACAAGUGUGAAGAAUGUGGUAAAGGCUUUACUCAGUCCUCACACCUUACCAAACAUAAGAGAAUUCAUACUGGAGAGAAACCCUACACGUGUGAAGAAUGUGGUAAAGCUUUUAACCAAUCCUCAACCCUUAAUUUACACAAGAGAAUUCAUUCUGGGCAAAGAUGCUACAAAUGUGAAGAAUGUGGCAAAGCCUUUAAAUGGUCCUCAUCCCUUAAUGAACAUAAGAGAAUUCAUGCUGGAGAGAAACCCUUCUCAUGUGAAAAAUGUGGCAAUGCCUUUACCACAUCCUCAGACCUUGCUAAACAUAGGAGAAUUCAUACAGGAGAGAAACCAUACACAUGUGAAGAAUGUGGCAAAUCCUUUAAUAGGUCAACAACUCUUACUACACAUAAGAGAAUCCAUACCGGAGAGAAACCCUACACAUGUGAAGAAUGUGGUAAAGCCUUUAAUUGGUCUUCAACCCUUAAUGUACACAAGAGAGUUCACUCUGGAGAAAAUCCCUACAAAUGUGAAGUUUGUGCCAAAGCCUUUAAAGUGUUUGCAAACCUGCGUAAUCAUAAGAAAAUUCAUACUGGAGAGAAACCCUACAUAUGUCAAGAAUGUGGCAAAGCCUUUAAACAGUCUUCGCACCUGAAUAAACAUAAGAAAAUUCAUACUAUAGAUAAACCCUACAAAUUUAAAGAACGUGGAAAAGCCUUUAAGCAGCACUUGAACCUUCCUCAACAUAAGAGAACUCAUACUGGAGGAAAAUUUUAGAAAUAUGAAGAAUGUGGGAGUCUUUAAGUGUUCCUCAAUCUUUUCUAAUCAUAAUUCAUACUGGAGAGAAACUCCACAAAUGUGAAAAAUGUGACAAAGCUUUUAACCACACCUCAAUCUGUUCUAAAUAUAAGAGAAAUUGUAUUGGUGAAUAGCCAUAAAAAUAUGAAAAAUGUGGCAAAGCCUUCAAAUGCUUGUCACAUCUUACUGUAUGUAAUUUUUAUUUUUCAGACAGAGUCUUGCUCUGUUGCCCAGUUCUGUGGUGCAGUCUCAGCUCACUGCAAUCUGUGCCUCCCGGGUUCAAAGGAUUCUCCUGCCUCAGCCCACUGAGUAGCUGGGAUUACAGGUACCUGCCACCAAGCCUAGCUAAUUUUUUGUGUUUUUAGUAGAGAUAGGGUUUCACCAUGUUGGCCAAGCUGGUCUUGAACACCUGACAUUGUGAUCCACCCACCUCAGACUACCAAAGGGCUGGGAUUACAGGUGUGAGCCACUGCACCCAGCCUUAAUGUAUAUAAUUGUUACUGAAGAAAAUCCCUAGGAAUAUAAAAUGUGGCAGAACUUUUAACCAAUGCCCAUAUCUUUUGCACAUGAUAGCAUGUAUACUUGAGAAAAAUUGUACAAAUAUAAAAAAUGUUAAAAGCCAUUAAUAGCUACUCAUGUGUUACUAAAUAUCAGAAAGUCCAUACUUAAUAAAAGCAUUAUAAAUGUAAUAAUUUGUUGAAAGACCUUUUAGAAAUAUGGGUCUUUAAUGUGAAGAAGAGUAUUCUGAAGACAGACAAUACAAAUAGUAAGAAUACUUGCAUCAUGGAUCCUGUACUUGCAUCAUGGAUCUUAUUGUGCAUAUUUUGUACUAGAGGAAAACCUUGAAGCAGUUGCCCAAACUUCCUUCAACAUCAGAUAAUUUACAUUGGAAAGAAAUUCUACAACUCUAAUAAAUUUGGAAAAAUGUUUGUUCAAAAACUAUAGAUUAAGAAAUACCAGCAUUUAUACUGGAAGAUAUUUUGUAGAUGCAGUAAAUAUGAAAAGAUAUUCAGUCUAAAGACUACAUAAACAUUAGAGUAUUUACAGUAGAAAGGAGUAAGGCACUAGUACUUGAAACAUUACAGUAAAUCAGAAUGUUAAACUCCAAGGCUGAAACUUAAUUUUUUUUACAUGUACUUGAAAAGAAUUAGAUUUUUGAAGUUAUUCCAUUGAAAUUAUACUUUUUUUACUUGAAAAAAAAGAGUUUUUGAAAAUCAAAUUCAACUCUAAAAUUACUUCAUACUGAUUCAACUUUCUUAUUUAUAUGAAAGCAUGUGAUGAAUUGUUGCAUCAGAGAUAUGAGAGAUUCCUUUUAGGUGGGCAUGAUGCAUGAACUUUUACAUGAAAGAGUAAGGGCAUUGAAAUGAAAGAUGCAUGAAAUGAUGCAUGAGGUAGGUGUUCAGAGUAAUAUUCUUCUGCAUUGCAGUGAGAGAAAAUCUGAAUUUUAGUAGUAAAUUGUUUUACCAAUUGUAAAUUUGUGUAAUAAAAAGCAGUAAACUUUUAAAUUCUCUUUUAAGAUUGUGUGUGAACUUUUUUGAUUAACAAUUGUUAAUGUGUUGAAAUUACUGUUGUGUGGAAUGAAGUAUGCCACCAACUUUCAGUUAUCCUAUCGUAUUCAAUGGUGUAGGUAACAGAUGUUAACAGUGUACUUUUUGGUAAUAUAGUUUUAUGACAUUUCUAGUAAUCUCUUUUCCAGUGGCUUCAACAGCAAAUAAAUUGAAGAAUAUUGUUCCCAUGUUAAAUUGUUAGUUUUCCUUAUUUAAGUUUAAUUUUUUAAAUUCCUGUGGGUACACAGUAUGUGUAUAUAUUCAUGGCAUAUAUGGGUUAGUUCAUACAGGCAUACAACAUGUAAAAUCACAUCAUAGUAAAUGAGUUAUUCAUCACCUCAAGCAUUUAUCCUUUGUAUUACAAAUAGUCCAUUUAUACACUUUAUUUUUAAAUGUACAAUUAAGUUAUUUUUAUGUCAUUUUAUGAUUGUAUUCAAUAUUACGUCAGUAUAAUUAUAAUUAUACAUUUCUUAUUCCUGAAUAAAUAUUUUUUUAACUGUUUCAUAUUUUCAUUUGGACAUGUGGCAUCUCUUCUGGCAAACACGUAUAGACUUGAUUUUGAUUUACAUGGAGAUAAAUAUAUAAAUGUAUUGCCCUAAGACCAACCUUAGGUGUAAAAAAAAUUAUAGAGCAAGCAAUUGUGUUUGGGAGUUUGUACCAAUUUUUGAAAGAAAAUAGCAACAUUGGAAUAACAAAGAUUCUUUUAAUAAUAUAUAUAACUUACUAGAAAUUUAAAAACAAAAUAUUCUGGAAUCAAAUCUAUACUUUCUUUGUAUUUAGUUAAUUACUGUAAAAUCUCAUGAAUCAUGGCCACGUGCAGUGGCGCAUACCUGUAAUCCCAGCACUUUGGGAGGCUGAGGUGGGCAGAUCACGAGGUCAAGAGAUCAAGACCAUCCUAGCCAUCAUAAUGAAAGCUUAUCUACUAAAAAUACAAAAAUUAGCCAGGUGUGGUGGUGCACGUCUGUAGUCCCAACCACUUGGGAGGCUGAGGCAGGAGAAUCACUUGAACCUGGGAGGCGUAGGUUGCAGUGAGCUGAGAUUGUGCCACUGUACUCCAGUCUGGCGAUAAAGACUCCAUCUCAAAUAAAAAAAUCUAAUGAAUCAUUGAGAAUCUCCUUAUGCAAAUUAUUUUGUCUGGUACUCAUGCUAGAGCUAUAUUUCACUUGUUUCUGUUUUUUUGUUUUUAACAUCAUUAACUUGUGUGAGCUGAUCUGAAAUUAUAAGAAUGAUUUUUACAAAAUUUGGUAGUGCAUGCAAAUUUUAGAUGUAAGUUCACAAUGUGUGUAUUAAGCAAUAUUUUAAAACAUUUUGUUUUCUUGCUUUAAUUGAGGAAUCCUAUAUAAGCUGUGUAGUUAUUGUUCCUUUCACUUUUUAUAAUCCACAUAAUUGAGUUUAUUAAUUUUACCAAUUUGUUCAAGUAAAUACUGGAUACGCUUUGUAAGUUAUGAGAAUGUUUUGAUAUGUAAUCGUAGAGAACAAACAUAAGAAAGUGAUGGAUGUGUAAUAGAUGCUCCAUAAUUAGGCAGAAAUAUUUUCCUGGAGUUUAUUUAUAGGUCCAAGUAAGAGAUGGAAAAUAUAUGUGGUGAAGAAUUAAUUCUGCAUUUUAAGAGGACAUCUGUUCUCAGACUAAAAAUAACUCAUUCUGAAUUUUAAGAAGAUUUCUGUUUUUAUAUUCUAAUUAUCUUUAGUUUUUGGUGUCUGUGUGUCAUCCUCAGCUUUGUGUACCUCAGAGCCCUUCUGAUUUGUGUUACGGCUACAGUUUUUUCACUGUUCUCUUCAUGCCAUGUAAUUUCACAUGAAUUUUCUAGGUUCUCAUGAAAAGUUUGGUUUUCUUAAUGUGGUAAAUUAUUGUGUUUAACUGGCGUGUUUGAGGGUAUUUGUAGCUUGUCAGUGCAACAUUUAGAUCACUAAAGAUUAAUUUACUGUUCAUGUCAGGAUUAGGUCAGUCAGCAUUGUUUUUCUCUGUAAAAGAAAAAUGUUAUGAGAUUCUAAACAAAGUGUGUUAAAUGAAACAUAAGCUAAAAUAGGUAAAGCAUUAAUAUGAGUGGGUGGCAUAUUGUAAGAAAGCAUCAUAUGAAGAAACAACUGAGAGAUUUCAAAAUUCAGAAGAAAAUAUGUAUUAGAAAUAAACUUUCUGGAGACUUAGUGAUAGGUGAAAAUUUUUACAUAAAUUGUUCAUAACAUAGCAAAACUAACUUUUUUUAUGCAGAAUAGUCUAUAUUCUAUAUUUAUUGUAUAGCAUAUACUGUACAUGGUGACUAUAGUCACCAUGCUGUGCAGUACAUUUUCUGAACCUACUCCUAACCAACUGUAAUUAUGUAUUAUUUUACAGACAUCUGUCCAAAUGCCUCUUUUUUGUAAAUAGCCAAGUAUCUGGUAAUCAGCAUUUUACUGUCUGCCUUACUUCACUUAGCAUUAUAUCCUCAAAAUUUAUUCAUGUUUCAGAUAACAAGAUUUUUUUCCCUUUUAUUGCUGAAUAGUAUUUAAUUGUAUAUACCACAUUUUAAAAAAUUUAAAUAUAUAACCAUUUAUUUGUUGAGAAACUUAUAAUGAAGAUACGUUUCUGUUAAAGCAUAUAUUAAUGUAAUUCAGAAUGUAAUAAUUUUUAUUAAUAUAACUAAUGUGUUCCAAAUACUAACCAAAACUCUAUAUGUAUGUUAAUAAAUUUAAUUCCCACAGUAGCUCAAUAGCAUAGGUAUUGUUAUGAUUCUAACUUUACAGAGAAACAAACAGAACCACAGAGAAAAAUGACUUGCUUACAUCGGAGCAAGUAUUAAAAUACAAGCAACUUUGACUUCAGAAAUAACACUCUUCUUUUCUUUUCUUUCUUUGUUUUCUUUUUCUUUUUAAGACAGAGUUUCACUCUUGUUACCCAGACUGGAGUGCAAUGGUGUGAUCUCGGCUCAAUGCAAUCUCCACCUUUCAGGUUCAAGUGAUUCUCCCGCCUCAGCCUCCCGAGUAGCUGGGGCUACAGGUAUGUGCCACCAUGCCCAGCUAAUUUUUGUAUUUUUAGUAGAAAUGGGGUUUCCAUGUUGGCCAGGUUGGUCUAGAACUCCUGACCUCAGGUGAUCUGCCCGCCUCAGUCUCCCAAAGUGCUGGGACUAUAGACAUGAUUGACCAUGUCCAACAGUACUCUUAUCUAUAAACAGUAAACAGUCUUCUCAAACAAAAUAAUUAACACCCAUUCUUAGUAAAAUUUCAACAAAAGUGGAAAUAACUGAUACUUCUUUUGUUAUAUGUCUGUGUAAAUUUAUAAAAUAUGAUACUAAAGGAGAAAUACUUCCUCUAUUUAACUAUACCAUAUAAACUUGGGAACAACUUUUUUCAGCUGCCCUUCCCGACCCCUCCAGCAACUCAGAGUACUUAACAGCAUAAUUUUAAACUAAACCUGUAGUCAGCAAAUGCUGUAAUGUAAUUAAAUAUUAUUUACUACAAACACAGGCAGUAUACUAUGAUUUUAUUACCUUUGUUAAUACAGAUUUAUUUCUUGAGCUGCUUCACUCAAGUUUAGUUUUCUUUGUGCCUGUUUUUCAGCUUUGCUGAAAUACUACCACUUAUUUUUCCACCAAAAUACUUUUCUAUUUGCUUAUAAAACUUUAAAUUAUCUCUGGAAACCUCAGCUCAGCAGUCAGAGCUCAUAGUCCUGACAAGGACCCUAGAACUAGGAAAUGGUUACUAUUUAUACAGAUUUUAAAUAUGCCCUUUUAGUUUCCCAUGCUUAUGCAGCCAUCUGAAAAGAACAAAAGAAUUUUUGACAGCAAAGGAGGCUUCUGUUUAAUAUGGGUCAUAGGUUUUUACCCUAUCCUAGGCUGUUCACCUACCACCGAAAGUAGCUGUAGUCCAUUGGGCUACCAGAAGGGCCAAGCUAAAAUUGCCCAGAGAAACAGAAGAGCUGACCAAGCAGCCAGGGCCACCACCUUCUCUGGGAACCUUUUGUGGCCCUUAUUCCAAAUUUACCUGACAACCUACCCAUCCUGCAGUAUGCUCACCAGAAAAAGAAAUGGGCUAUCAAAUGUCAAUAUACCCUAGAAUGUGAAAGAUGGUAUAAAUUGGGAAAACUUCUAUAUCUUCUCCAGCAGCAUUAAUUCAGCCUGUUCAGCAACAAGAAACCUACCUAGCAGGAAGACUGGCAGAUAGACUUCACUUAAUUGUUAGCCUCUCAAGGCUUCUGAUCUUUGAGGAUACCUUUACUGGCAGGGUUGAAGUGUCUUAUAGUAGAAUAGAAAAGAUUCAGCCAGGUGCGGGGCUCCUGUCUGUAAUCCCAGCACUUUGGGAGGCUGAGGCGGACAGAUCACGAGGUCAGGAGUUCAAGACCAGCCUGACCAACAUGGUGAAACCCCGUCUCUAACUAAAAAUACAAAAAUUAGCCAGGCAUGGUGCUGUGCACCUGUAAUCCCAGCUACUUGGGAGGCUGAGGCAAGAGAAUUUCUUGAACCUGGGAGGCGGAGGUUGUUGUGAGCUGAGAGUGCACCAUUGCACUCCAGCCUGGGUGACAGUGAGACUCCAUCUCAAAAAAAAAAAAAGAUUCAAGUAGUUGCCAAGGCCCUU